AUGGAAAAUGAAAGCCAGCGGGGGAUUGAUUCGGCGUUUCUUGAGCACAAUUUCGAUAUACUUUCGAAGCCUGGGGCGCCGCGGUGGCCUCCAGCAUCUUCGGAUCGUCCGUCUCGACAGGCAGUGCGGAAAAAGCGAGACCUUCUUCGACAUUUACCACCCCCGCAAAGCCGCAAAAUACUGCGUCGGCAGUUCUACCUCGGUGAGGUGCCAUUCAAGCAGCGGCUUGCAAUAUAUAAGCAGAUAAGGCAGUUCCUUGAAAGUGCAGAGGAACAGGCCGAAAAGGCAGAGUUUCUCAAGCCGAGAUUCUUCACACAGCAGGACUUGCAUAGAAGGGAGGUCCUCGUUCCUGAUGAGACCAUUGCUAGUUUUGCUGGCGUGUCAGAGAAGUUUUCGCAGUCGGAGAAUAUUUGGUUUGAAGCGCUACGACAUGGUUGUAGGGUACAUGUUCUGCCUUCUGAUGAGAGCGAAGGCCACAAUCGAAAGGUUAUUCUCUCGGGUUCAGCUCGAGCCACGGAGUUGGUUGCGGACCGCCUCCUAAAAACACGAGAAUUGCAGGAGCACGGAGAUCCCUUAAUCGAUAUUAAGAAACCCCCGGUUCCUGCUUUCCCUUCCCGCCUGGCCUUUGAGAGAAGCGGCACCCUUGCGCCAUUAAUCCGGACCGUUUGGAGCUACAAGACCAAUCCACGGCCACGCGUGAUUUUUGACUUGCUUAGUGCUAAAUCAGAAAGCAUAUCUACUGUCAAGGCUUUUGUGGAACACGUGGAGGGGCUUGUAACAUCUCUACCGUCAACUCAGCGCCAUGAAUCGCCUCAUCCGCGACGGGUAGCUACAGCCCUGCGGGAGCUAUUUUGCCACGAAAGCCGACAACAGCUGAUAUCCACAACGGCAUUAAACACUGCCAUCUCGUUUCUGCUCCAACAUGGUUUCAUGAACGACGUCCAGGAAUUGAUCGACCGCGGCGGCCAUGUUGCAACCAUUGAGACCUUCAACAUACUUUUGAGAUCUGCGGCAAAAAGACAGAAUCUUGGUUUCUUUAACCUCGUGCUGCGGGUCAUGGGUCGCUUGCGCGUUCGACCUGAUGUCCAUACUUGGCUCGCAUACCUUGAGUGUCUGAUCUCGCCUGCAGCGAAAACUGACUUGGUCAAAGUUAUGGAGAAGAAGGGUUAUCUUAAGGAUCCAGAUGCCCUGAGGAGCGUGCUGCGGCUGAUGAUUAGUGAACUGCUCAUAAAGCACUUCAAAGAUGGCGGGAGCGUGGAUGGGUUUUUCAACAAGAUUGUCGAGACCGCUGGAUUGAACUGGUUUCCAGCAUCUCUGAUCAGGAAGAUGGUCGUUGUCACUGCCCAACUGGGGGAUGCGUCUGCCAUGACACGGAUACUAGACAUCUGCAAAGAAAACAGCCUCCCCCUCUCAAGCGACAUAAUAAACGACGUCAUACGGUUUUUCCCCAACGACACUUUCACCGCGCUGCAUUAUAUCAUCAUGUGCCUCCAGGGCCCAACCGCCGAACUCAACCAGGAGGCAUACGCUCGCCUUUUCAUCAAUGCCCGCCGAAACAAGCACUACAAUAUCUGCCGCGUCCUUUGGAGAUAUGCCUGCAUGAACGAGGCGGUAUCACGCACUAUGAGGGAUGACGUGACCUUCCUUCUAUUCCAUAACGUUGCGCGUGAAGGUCUCGCAGAACAAGAUAAGCUCUGGUGGACAUGCGCCGGGAAAGUCCUUGUUGGAGUCGACCUACAUCUUCCUGAUUUCCCGUUUAAGAACGAUCUCCUCCGAACCAUUCCCCCGGAGUUCCACGAUAAUCCCGUCGCAUCCUUCCUAACUCCGCUCAGACUGGAGGGAGAGGAACGCAGCAAGCAGCGUCUUGCAGCUAAAGCAAUAGUCAAGCAUGACGUCGAGAUCGGCCCUUGGUACCGUCCGACGUACUCGCUGGCGCAUAUGCUGGAGGUCGCUGCUGAGCUGGACAAGCAAUGGGUAGGCGUUCCGCGCCCUGCUAAAUGGCUCAUGCAGAAUGCCAUCCAAGUUCCAGUGGAGUUUGUUGGGCAUAACCUCAAGGACUAG